AUGGCCUUCGACCUUCAAGAGGCUCUGGCUCAGAUCCGCAGCGACAAGAUCAAGGACCGUCAGCAAGGCCUCGAAGCACUCGAACACAUCUUUUCAGGUCCAAGAAUCGAUCAAAAUGCCAAAGCGUGGUUUGAGACGUUUCAGGCACUCUUUGCCUGCGUGCUUGCCGAAAAGGCGGCCUGCAUUCGCAAAGGCUCCUUCCUCGAUGCCCAGCCCAUCGCCUUGGCGAGGAUGCAGCGCGCAGCGCAGAUGCUUCGUUCGCUUGUCGACAAAGCCGCCCCUUGCUUGACUCGCAAAGUCAUCAAGGCCCUCUUGACCCACAUCCUCCAGAUGCUCAACCACCGUGGCGCACUUCUCCGCCCCAUCGCCCCCGCCUACGUGUCGGCGCUCUGUGCGAUCCUCAAACAUCAACACCAUGUCGAUCACAUUGAGCCUGAAGACUGGCAAGCAGCCGCUUCUUUGUGCUUCAACAUCCUCCUCGGUCGAGAUCUUGAUGCAUCCGUUACUCUCCGUGAGUCUUCGGAAUGGCUUGCUUCCCUCUCCGCCUUGGCAACUGCGGCUCCGCAACAGCGCGGUCUAAGCCUAGAGGACGCUGUGACUGCAGAGUGUCUCCGUUGCCUCAUGGCUAGCAACACCGCCCCAUUGCUUGGCUCGGAUGGUCAUGGUCUCUCACUCCUCGCCGACUAUACCCGGUUCCUCCUCGUCUUCCCUGCGGAGUCGUCGGCUCACCUACCGGCCGUGACUGGGCUUGUCACCUUGCUGGAGCAUCUCGAACUGAACCACACACGCUCAGUGCUGUUUGCAACGCUGUCAUUGCGGCAGACAAUUCUUGCGCUCUGGAAGACCAAAAAUCCCCUCCUCAAGCUACAGCUCCUCCUCUUCCUGCGCAUCGUCGCCCCACUCCUUACAUCCUUUGCAAGCGGGCAGUCGGAAAUCGUAUCCCCGCAGGAUUCCGCAUCGCACUCAUCCUUACAGUCCGAGGCGGUCUCCUUCCUUGAGCUCACCCACCAAGCCCUCCUCUGCGACCCCGAUUCCCGUUGGGCGCUCGACCUAGUCAAAAUGGAUGCACUGGUCUUUCAUUGGCCAUGGCAAGAAGGAAGCACGCCCCCUCGCUCCGCAUCCGCUUUGAGCAAUGCCGCGUUUUACCUUGGACCCUACUCGAGCGAACAGGAUUCAGUAGCCUGGUGCCGCGUUUAUCUGCAUGUGGACAUCAUCCACGCUCUUACUACCAUCGAAACCCAGCAGGAUAAUCACUGCACCGCCGCACCCAGUCUUCAUCGACAGGUCGAGCAGAGGGAUCCACCGCCGACGCCGGUUAUUCAGCGCUCAACUUUGCAACCAAGGUCAUCGUCCAAUGGCAAGCGCGGAGUAGCUUCAGCACCGUCGAGUCCACAGAAGCGGAGACGAACUGGCCCGGCUGACGCUUACGGCUCUGCGCAUCGCUCUUGCGUAACGCACAUGAUCGACACGAUUGCUGCGGCUGGCUCGACGCCCAACACCGGCCUAGCUGUGAGACUCUACGCCUUGCAGUUGCUCGUCUUUGUAUUGCUGAGCCGUCCAGCUCUCGUCGAUGCGGAGCUGGUCAAGAUCCGCGAAUUGUUGCUCGGGCUUGCCGCUGACACAGAUAACCUGCUCGUCUCGUGGAGUUUGGUUGGUCUAGCCGCAACCACACUCGCAUCACGCUCAAUUGAAAUCAGCGAAGGGGAUCCUGGCAAUCCAUCUGCACAUCUCAGUAUGCACGCAUGUGGGAUCGCUGUUCGCAAGCUCCAAUUUCCCGAAACGUGCCGUGCGGCUGCCUUUUUGCUCAGUGUCAUGCUGAGAAGCGCCAAGCUUUCCGACGCACUUCUGCAACCCGAGAUUUCUCGGCUGGUGGCAGAGGUUGACCUGCAGGGACCGCCGAUCUUGUGCGACACUGUCUGUCAUUUCAUGACACUGCUGCUACAACGCACCACCUCGAAUCGCACUUACCAGCAGCUCGACGCUCGAAGGAAGAUAGGAGCAUGGUUCGCGAACUCUUACUCGCCAGCAGAUGCUUUUCGAUCGUCGACCCAGCCCGUUUUCCUACCGUUUCACGACCUUCUCCGCCUAGUGGGCUGCAUCAUUGCCGAUCAAGAGUCGGAUCUCAUUGACUCAUGCCGGACGAUCACCCGCAAGGACGACGUCAUGGAAUUGCUGAGACGCCGUGCAAAGCUGGAGCCUUUGCGUCAGCUGACACUACAAUCCCAGUCGACACAGACAGCUACCGCAACGAGCGCCGUCCGUUCCAACGCCGAACAAGCCGAGGUUUCGCUCCUUUCGAUCGAAGCGUUCAACAGGAUGUCGGUCGUCCUCGAGAGAAGGAUUGAUGCAUGUUUGGCAGUGCUCGAUUCGCUCACGUCCGAAAUUGACCCCACGCCAAUCGCCUCGAUUGCGUUGAUGCAUGCAGCCAUUCUGUCCAUCGAAGUAUGGUCAAGAGCGAGCCCACAAGGAAGCUCGCCGCACGACGAGCGAACCAAGCGCUGUUGCCACCUUAUCAUCAGGAUCAUUGAAAUCACCGCGCAGUCAAGGGAUCCACUGGCACGGGGAAAUGAUCUUGUCCUCCAGCAACUCAGUCUCCUCGAUCCGUAUUGUUCCUUUAACUCCCGCCUUGACACAAUGCCGAGCGAGCUGCUGGUCCUUCCCGGCAGGGCCAGCGGCAUUGCAUCUCCACUCGGAACUGCGCAUAGUACCGAGAGACCGGUCGCUCCCUCCUCUGCGAGCCCAGACGACAGGUCAAGGCGAGUGUGGACGGCGAUUAAAGAAGCUGGACUGCUCGAGGAAAUGCUGUCAAGCUGCGAACAUCUUCUGGAAAGGGUGUUACUCGGCGACGAAGGCUUCCAAGGUGAACCAGCGUCCGCCGCUGCUGCAGGCAAGCGCGACACGUUUGAUGACCUUCCUGAAAGCGGCUCACGGAUUGCCUUACGCACUAAAAACGUGGGCUCCACGGUUUCGACUGAUUCCACAGAGUCCGUUGUUACCGCAGCUGUUCACUUGCUCGCAGGCGUGCCUCGGAUGCUCUCCAAUGGCACAAACUCGGCCCGCGACGAGUUUGUCGUUGAACUCUUCCUCGACUGCCCCCUCCAGUCCGUCGUUCCAUUGACUCCAGUGCUCUUCGACUCGAUCCAACAAGGCAUUCUGUGGAUUAGUCAGCGUCAACUCGUGGAAGCGCUUGACCGAAUAGGCACAGAUCUUCUCCCAUCGUAUCAGUUUGCGAAAGAGCCGGUAGCCCGCGUCGCUGCUGUUCGUUCCGCCAUGGCCGUAGUGCCUCUUCUGCUGGAGGACUUCGACGAGCAGUCGGAUCUCUUUGACAACGUACAGGCGCUCUCGAUCUUCUUCGCAAAGCAAAUCGGUCGCAGCAAGUGGACCACACCCUGGGAGGUGCAACUUUCGUGUGCCAAAUUCUUGGACAUGUGUCUGAAGACGGACCCGGAGGAACGUCUGAGUCGGUCCAGCAGUACUCAUGCCAGCAAAUUUGCGCCGCUGAGGUCGCUCCUGACCAUCAACGCAGAUAACGACAUCCGUGUGCGAGGCCUGGGGUCGUCUAUCGCCACAAGCGUCUUCGAUACUGCGGACUCGCAUGAAGACGCACUGUCUCGGCUUUACACCGAUUUUCGUGACGGCUUGCCGAGCGAUUCCACCAUUCCGCAGCACAUCUUGACCCGAGCGCUAAGCUUAUGCAACGUCGCCAUCGCUAACUCAGCUGUGCGGAGGUCAGCGCUGUUUCACCUCCUCGAGAUUGUCCUAGCAACCAACAUGUUUACCACCACCGUGCAGCAUCUGUUUGCUCAGGUCUCUGCCCGGCUUGGAUUCCCUGACACCUCGACCUGCUAUCAGGCAUUUGCCGCACAAAUUACAUGGGGUAUGACCACGAACAACUACGACCCGCUGCAGGUGCCUUGGAAAGUACUCGGUUUCGCAAGCAAGCGCGAUUGCCUUGGGGCCACGUUUGCCGCCAGCGGAAGCAUGCUGCUCGCAGCCCAGACGCCGGAAGGCCGCACGCAGUUCGAUGCACUUGUGCAGUUGACAAAACGUACGCAGCAGCAGGGCCUGCAAGAAUGCUUGCCCUUCCUCACAGCCGCUUAUCUGGGUUUUGGAGUGCAGGCAGCGCAGCAACGAGGGCAGGUGGACCAGCCUGCAAUAGGUGCUCAGACGUUGCGCGAGCUGUCUCAGCUCGGUUUUGCAGAGGGUCACAAUCAUAAGGAGCUGCGAAAGAUGAUCGCGAGCGCUGACGAUUUGGUCGUUGCCACCUUCUUGACGCUCUUCUUCGAGCCAGCAGCCACCUUGGCAGAGAGUCGACGCUCGGCAAUCACGGCAUUGACGCAGCAGGACGUAAAAGCCGGACAGAUCUUGUCGAGCUUGACGCCGAUGGGUGAAUCCUCUGCUCUCGUUAUUCACGAACCCAGCCGACCAUUCUUUGCCAGCAGCGUCCUUUCUGCCGCGUUCUCUGCUCUACCGAGUCUCGGAAUUUCACCGUUUCGUAAGGAUGUGGUCUACAACGUUCUGCGCCACAUGCUCCACCAAAUCGCAUCGUCCAGGUUUCAGAACGACCAGCUGCGCUUUUGUGCAGCUUUGCGGAUCUAUAUUUCUAUGUGCGGCGACAGCUUCUGGACCGACCAAUUCAAUGCACAGACCCUCAUCAAGAGCAUCGAGCUGCUGCUGGGUCAGCGACAUCUGCACGAUGAUUUUCGACCCCUUGUCAUGUAUGCUUGCAGUCAUUCAACGCUAGCCCAACAUUGCCCUGACGUCCUAGUGUCAUGCAUCGUCACGUGGUCGGCGAAAGUGGCGGAUCAGCUCGUGGAGUUGCCAACCUCUGGUGACUGGAUCCUCCAGGCCGCACGAGCGGUCGCCAAGUUUUCACCCGUGUCGACCUCUGCAACGAUUCUUCUGUGGCCGGUCAAGCUCACCUCCACGGAGCAGACUGCGAUCGAGAGUGCUAUUGAUAUUGAUACUCUCACGUUCGCAAUGGUCGCUUGUCCGCGCAUGUCGCUGCAGCUUCCCUCGCUACUGCGUAUUAGGCGCGUCCUCCGAAAGACGUGCAAGGCGAAAGUUGAGGUCUUCUGCGGCCAUUCUGCUUGGAAGCUGUUGAACCACAUGGCCGACUGCCGGACAACCGAACGCAGCCGCGUGGAUGGCGAGGCGGAAAGCGACGUCAUCAGCGACAUCUAUGCAAGCAUUGCAACCGUAGGCGAGCCCGUCCUGCUCCUACGAAAAAACGACAAGGGCGGUGAAGCCGACAAGGGCGUCCCAGGAGCGAGCGCUGCUUUCCUAGCAACUAUCGACUCGGGCGACUCCGGGUGUCUACUUGCUGCUGCAAUCCUCGCGAUUCAUGAGCUGGCACGCACUUUGCCUCCCGACCAAGAUUAUCAGGCUUUUGAGACUCUGCGACGCAUCGCUGCCACGUUCAUCGGCCCACUGUCCAGUGUGCACGGCACAAAGAUUUCAUCUUCGACGCGCGACGAGCUGGAACGCGUUCGGCCCAGCAUCGAUCCCAUCACCACGCCUGUGCUCUCUUUCCGACCGGCAUCCUUGCUGGAUACAUCGUUGUUGGAUGCUUCAAAGUCAUCAGGAAAAUGGAUUUGUCGCGUCUCGGCGAUCAUGUGUGAGGCCAUCGCGUCCUUCUCGCAGCGCUCCAGUUUCCACCAGGUGGGCCAAUUCGUAGCAACGAACCGUACGGCCGCGAAAGCCCUUUUCCAUAUCCUACUUCUUUGCUUUACGGCAGCCGAUCUCGAAUCAAUUGCGGCUGCACCGUCUUCUAAGAAGCCUUCCAGAAGAACAUCGGAACAGCAUGAACAGCCUACCACGCCGGAACUGUGCCGCGCAGCGAUCGCAACGCACUUUGAACAGGUUCUCAACGCCAACACCUCUGACCCGGCAUGCAGCUCCAUCAUUAUCCAAGCUCUCCUGGCCGUUAGAUCCUUGCGUCCGGUGCAAGAAGAACCAGACAAAGUCUGCUACUGGUUUGAUGUCGAUACCAGCCUGUUGGCGAAACGGUGCAUUGCCUGCGGACUCUACUCGGCGGCAAUCUUUUUCGUAGAGCACGGCAGUUGGGAGCGAGACGAGUCACAGGCGUCAUUUGCAACACAGUCGCGGACCAGGACCGAACUGCUUCAUCAGGCUUACAUGAACAUCGACGAUCCCGACGCCUUUUACGGCAUCACGGACGGAGAUGUGCGGGAGCUGCUUCUCAAGCGACUGCAUCACGAAGGCCAAUGGCUGCGAGCUUUUCAGUAUCAUGCAGCAGACUACGAAGCCUCCAACCCGAACGACACCAAGCUAGCACGCGUUCAAGGGCAGGCUCUUGCACAGAGUCUCUCGCAGCUUGGGUUUCGCCACCUGAUCCGAGACGUGGAUCCAUCCUCGCAUCUUGUAGAUGGGUGGGAACAACCUACUGCGUUGGGCACAGUUCUCGCAUCGUCUGGUUGGGAUUUGCCUCCUGCGGCCAACACGAUGUUGAUGCGAAGCGGUCACGUCGAGUCGGUGCUUCGAACGCUGCGGCAGGCGAGCAGCGAACAGGAUGUCGACAAGCCCUUAUCGCUGGCACUGCAGUCGCAACUGCAAUCCCUGUGCUCGAUCCCUGCCGAGAGUGUCGCCGCACUACGCUGGGCACAAGCCGAGCUGCUCGCACUCGGCCAGAUUAAAAACUGGCGCAAGGCUUCGGUGUCUCUUGGCGCAGAGGAGGCGGUCCUGCAUCUGCGCUCCGUCUGGACAAGAACAGACACCACCGACCAUUUUGAGGUGGCAGAAAAGGUGCUCAACACGCGCCAGUCGUUGCUGCAGGCCGCGCGACAGCGCAUGCAAAUCAACCAGAUCGGCGAUGUUCUGGAUGGCCCAGCCGAACAAGUGGCACGGGUCGAGAGGCUGCUGCUGGUUCACCUCAGCCGUCAAGCGCGCCAGCACGAGAAGCUGCAGAAAGCCAUCAACGCCACUGCACAGGCAGAGAGGAUCGAGACCGCCUUGGGCGACGGCGCGAAUCUUGCGCGAGAGGAAUUUGCCGCCGUGUUGUGGGAUCAGAACGAGCAUCCGCCCGCUAUCCAACUUCUCUCGCAGAUCGUUGAUGGUCUAGCUGUGACGACCCAAUCUUCGGUCCAACAAAGGCACCGCGGUGCUCGCCUACUGGCACUGCUCGCUCAAUGGCGAGCUACGGCCAAAUCGCAACACCCACGAGAGAUCGACCGCUCCUUGUUCGAACCUGCCGCACGGCUGCUUGCAUCCUCCGCCUCGGAGGCUGCCAAGCAUGUUUCUGCCUCCUCAGAGAUCUCUGAGAUCACAUAUCAAUGGGCACGCUUUGCAGAGGAGCAACAUCGUGGAUCGGACCUGGCCGAAAUCAUGCGAUUGCGCCUCUACAUCCAAAGUCGUGCAGACGAAGUUGAUCAGAACAAACGAGAGUACGAUAAGACAAGCUCAAAGACGGAGCGAGGUAAGCUCCUUCAGUUCCAGCGUCAGGCUGAAAAGAUCCUGAAGCAAGACCGGACUCGUCUCACAGAGCUGGAGGCCUCGCGAACGCAUUUCCUGCGCCGCAGCGUCGCUAUGUAUGCGCGAGCAUUGGCGUCGUCAGAUGCCCACGACGAUGCCAUUGCGCGGCUCGUGUCUCUGUGGUUCGAGAAUGCAGACGAUGCAGAGCUCAAUCGUCUUUUGGCGUCUUGUGUCUCGUCGAUCCCAUCUCGCAAAUUUGUGGCCCUCAUGCACCAACUCUCGGCUCGACUGACGGAAGUGCCCGACGAGAGAGAUCCUAUGGCGCCAUUCCAGUCCAAUCUGACGCAGCUGCUACUGCGCAUGUGCCAAGACCAUCCGUUCCACUGUCUCUACGCCAUCUUUGCGCUGAUCAAGACUGGUGCCGAUGCCAAGGCGGCUACGCAACGCCCAAGCUCAAGAAGGUCGUCGGACCCUUACGACAGCUCUGCAGCAUCUUCAACGCCUCAAAUUCUGCGAUCUACCGCCGCCGAAAAGAUCUGGAACCACAUCAAACGGCGCUCGUCGCUUGGACAAAGGAUCAGGACAUUCGAGGAGCUGUGCUUGGCGUACGUCGAGUGGGCCGAAUACGAUCUCACCUCACGUACUGACCGCUACUUUCAGAGCAGUGGCGCGAUCAAGAAGGGCGCGCUACGCAUGCCCCCAUCCGGCGAGCUGCGACUGGCGCGCAUGCGGGACCUCGAUGUUCCGGUGGCCACCGCUCGCCUCGAGAUCGAUCCGACGUGCAAGUACGAGUCGUUUGUGUCUAUCGCGCGGUACAGCGAAACAUUCACGACGGCAGGAGGCAUCCACCUGCCCAAGAUCAGCGAGUGCAUUGGCAGUGACGGCAAGCGGUACAAGCAACUGUUUAAGCGCGACGAUGACCUGCGACAAGAUGCUGUCAUGCAGCAGGUGUUUCGCAUGGUCAACGAGUUAUUGCGGGCAGAACGUCGCACGCGCGAGCGCAAGUUGGCCAUCCGCACUUAUACGGUCUUGCCGCUCGGACCCCAGUGCGGCAUGCUCGAGUUUGUUACCAAUACGGUGCCGCUGGGCGAUGUGCUCAUCCAUUUGCAUGCAAAGUAUCGUCCUCACGACAUCACACCGACGCAGGCGAGGAGUAAGAUGCGCGAUGCACAGCCUUUGCCCGCCGGGGAGAAGCUCGAAGCAUUUCUGGAUGUCUGCGAACAGAUGCGACCCGCCUUCCGAUACUUUUUCAGCGAUGCACAGCGGAUGCCGCGGGACUGGUACGAGACGCGCUUACGAUACACGCGCAGUGUCAGCACAAACUCGAUGGUGGGGCAUGUACUCGGCCUCGGUGACCGACAUGUCUCCAACAUUCUGCUCGACAAGGAGAGCGGUGAGCUGGUUCACAUUGAUUUCGGCGUGGCCUUCGACCAAGGCAAGCUGCUGCCGAUUCCGGAGCUGGUGCCUUUCCGACUGACUCGGGACAUUGUCGAUGGCAUGGGAGUCCACGGCGUCGAGGGAACGUUUCGCCGUGGCUGCGAAGAGACGCUACGAGUGCUACGAGCGCACCAGGAUGUCAUCAAGACGGUGCUCGAGGUAUUCCGCCAUGACCCCCUGUUUGCCUGGACGUCGAACCCAAUUAAAGUGCUGCGCGCACAGGAAGCGGACGAGAGCUCCUUGCCUUCUGCGAGCGUGGAACGACCGGGUACCACAGCGGGGCCUUCGCGAUCUACGCCAGCGCCUACGCCGUCAGCAGCGCAGGCGCGAGUCUCGAGGUCGGCGACGCCGUUUGGAGUGUCACGCGAAGGUGUGGGCAUCGUCGGGACGGACACGGCCGAGUUGAAUGCGGAUCGUGCCGUGACUUCGGUGAUGAGCAAGCUUUCUUCGUCUCUGAGCAUCGAGUACACGGUCAACGAUCUGAUCCAGCAGGCUAUCGAUGCGAGAAACUUGUCAGCAAUCUUUCACGGCUGGCAAGCAGCUCUGUAG